UCUUGUACAUAUUUCUCGCAACUUUUGCAAUGGCUAGGGGUGAAACAGAAACCUCGGCUCUCCUUGCCCCACCCUCCCCGGAGGCCGGGGCACUUACAUACACUGAUAGGCAGUCAAUAUCUCCUGCGGUACAUCCUCCAGAUGAGAACAAGCUGAGCUUCAACCGCGUAGGGCUCAACUCUUCCACUUUCUGGGUCCUGGUGAGUAGUCAGUCAAGCUAUCAAAUUCGGCCGCUUAAAUCACAUAGUGUAUAUCCAUGUGGGUGUGCUCUUUCUUGAAUGCUUUUGACGGAGUGGUUGUUGCGACCCUCUUGGGACCUAUAUCAUCAUCCUUCAAAGCCACCAAUAUGGCCUCUUGGCUGGGAACAUCUUACAUGCUGUCUGUAUGUUGCUUCACCCCUAUCUAUGGGAGAUUGUGCAACAUCAUUGGACGUCAACACUCUAUGCUGCUGGCUCUUACUCUUUUCACUCUGGGCAACUUCUUUUGCUCGAUAGCCCCGAGUAUGAAUACUCUCAUUGCCGCAAGAGCUCUUGCUGGUAUGGGUGGCGGUGGACUUAGCACGGUUGGAAGCACGAUCAUGAGCGAUAUUGUCCCUAUAACGCAUCGUGGUAUCUUUCAAGGACUCGGAAAUCUGGCUUGGGGGGCUGGAAUGGGUCUGGGAGCCCCUGUUGGCGGUGUGAUCAGCGAUUACCUCAACUGGCGAUGGGCUUUCUGGUUUCAGAUCCCUAUUCUUCUCCUUGGUGUCUAUCUCGUCCGCGCCAACGUUCGUUACACCAUCCCCUCCUCCCCCGCUUCCGGCUCAGCUUCUCCCAACGGCACGUCCGCCCAGACCCCAUACCAACUUUUCAAGCGUAUUGAUUUCAUGGGCUGUAUCCUCCUCGCGGGCUGGGUUGGCUCUGCCUUGGUAGCAGUGUCGCUGAAGACGAACAGCACGGCAGCGGAAGCCCUAGACUGGGGACAUCCCAUCAUAUUGAGCCUGUUCAGCGCUUCGGCGGUGUUGUUUGUCCUGUUUCUUCUCGUUGAGCUCAAGUGGGCGGCGGAGCCAGUCAUGCCAUUUGAGCUGCUCGUCAGCAGGACGCCUGUAGCGGUUGCGAUCAACAACUUUGUCCUUUCCGCUCAAAACUAUGCGACACUCUAUAGUGUACCCCUAUUCUUCACUGCGGUCCGUCAAAUGUCUACCUCCAAUGCGGGUGCCCAUCUCGUACCAGGGUCCAUCAUGGGAAUGUUUGGAUCUCUCGGCACCGGCAUCAUUGUCCGCUACACCAGAAAGUACUAUUGGCUCAACUCGUUCUGCGCUCUUGUGGGAGUGGUGGGAACAGUCCUAAUUGCUACUUGGGAUACAACCACAAGCGAAUGGAUGUUGUGGUCCAAUAUGGCAUUCGGGAGCUUUUCAAUGGGGGCGGUCACUACGUUGACCAUUGUGGCGCUUAUCGCGGAUGUCGGGCCUGAACAUGUCGCGGUUGCAACCAGCUUGUCGUAUGUGUUCCGAACGAUAGGGCAAGUGUUGGGCGUGUCCUUGUCCGGCGCGCUGACUCAAGCUGUUCUUGAGAGGGAGCUUGAGCUUAGGAUCCAAAGUCCCGACGCUGAAAAGAUCAUCGCUGCCAUCCGCGAAUCGUCUCAAUCUAUUCGCUACCUCGAUGAACCCCUUAAAACCAUUGCCAUCCUCUCCUACCAAAAAGCCCUGCGCGCAGUAUUCAUCUGCGUAGUCGUACUGGGUAUCAUCACUUUCCUCAGUGGUCUGGGCAUCCGAGAGAUCGAUAUGCACCAAAUCUUGGCCAAGGAUAAGCAACAACAAGACAGUGAGGAGGACGGGAUUGACGAGCAGGUCUGAUGGUUAAAAAAGUGCAAUGUCCGAGGGGUAGUGGCGAUACUGUUUUGGGUAUAGAUAUUGUCUUUAUCGAUAUAUAAACCGUCCUGGAUCGUGAGGUCCAAGUGAAGGAAUAUGUAAAAGUGUUUCUCGU